AUGGCCAUUGCGGAAAGCCUUAAACAGAUUAAAAGCCCGGGUGGCGCGAGGACUAAAGAUAACAUGGUAAAAUGGGGCUUUAAUGGAGAAGGUGAAACUUGUGAUUGUGUGGAGAACGACAGACCGAUGAACACCUUUUGUCACGAGUCCAGCACAAUGAACCAAAGAAGAUCUGAUUUUGACAAACAAAAAUCCUCUAGAAGUGGCUACUUACUGGCUGCAACAAAACAUAUAGAACGUUACCGAAAAAUGUGA